AUGUUGGCUGAAGGCUUUCGCCUGUCUGAACCGGUGGCCAUACCUCCGGUGCAGGUGCCGGAGCCCGUGGAGGAGGAUUUCCAGCAGAAGGAGAUCUUCUCCCUGCUGAAGGAGGCUACAGAUCUCAGGAGGCAGCAGCAGCGACUCGAGAUGCAGAUCUCGCAAGCGCAGGAUGCCAACGCGAGUCUGCAGAGUUCGUGGAGCGCGCUGUCCCGGGUCUCUACAACUCUCGCAUUUGGCUCUGGGCCGAGCCCGAAGAAGGAGGGCGACGCCGCUUGGCCGGAAGAUCGGCUGGAGAAGGGCGAGGCCGAUGUUUCAACUGCUGCGCCGCUGGAGGGCAGCGAGGUUCUGAUCACCUCGCAGCUCACACUCGCGAGGGAAGCGCACGAGGCCGCCCUUCGCCUUUGCGAGGCGGAGGCCGCGGUGAGCACCCUGCAAGCGGACUCCGAAGCCUUGGAGAAGCAGAGCCGGCAGAUCGAGGAAGAGGUCCAAGAGAUGGCUGGACCGCUCAAGGAGCUGGAGGCUUUGAGGGAGGAAGGCUCCCGGCGCGCCGAGCGAUUGGAGGCGCUGAAGAGCCGUGAGGAGGCGACUCUGCAGGCCCUGGCAGAGCUCUCCACGAAGCGCCUUGCGCUUCAGGAGGCAGCUGGGAAGCUGCAGGAGGAGUUGCAGGAAACCUCUGCCAAGGAACUGCCCCAGGUGGCCAAGCGGCGACGCGAGGCGGACUUGGAGGCACAAAGAGCUCAGCAAGCACAUGCGGAAGCUAAGAAUCGAUGGAAGACAGAGGUGCAGAUGUGCCAAAGUGCACUUCAAGCUGAAGAGAAGCAGCUCGCACGGUUGCUGGCGCGCAAAGAAUCUACCGCACUGGCAGCCGGGGAAGGGCAGCAGGCCUGCUCAGUGCUGAGCAGAUCACUGGCUGACGUGCGCCAGGAGCACGCGCGUCUUCUGAGCUGGAAGCAGGACAUAGCAGAGGGCCGCCCGCCGAUACCUCGGACAGACCGGCCAUUUGGCUUUGCUCUGGAUUUGUCGUCUGCUGCUGGGCGACUUCACAACGUGAGCUAUUUCGAUGCCGAAAAGGCGGAAGAGCUGAAGUCAUGGUUGGAAGCGAUCGAAGGUUGGAUAGCAGCUGCAGCAUGGCAAGCGGGAGACGUUGUCUGCGUGACUGAGCCGUUCAUGACAGACUCCGAAGACCAAGUCAAACUGGAGCCUGACAUGACUGGCAUUCUCGUGAAGCUCGAUGAGCAUGACGAUGCCUUCCUGGAGUUUGAUGCCUUCGAUGCGAGACAGUGGGUCUUCCAGAAGAACCGGCAGAAGCUGAAACGGCUGGUGGAUUCCGAUGCAAAGGACGUUUUCUUGGACAUUGUGCCACAGAAUGACAUCAUUAUGCACUGGGCUUUACGAGUCGUGGGGACCAAGGCUUCGCGGUGCUACGAGUUCGAGGCCGACGGCGUCAUCAUGGGCAAGCGAACGGCUCUCGACAAGGGCCUUCCCAUCAGCUCACAGAAGCUGGAAGGUCGUACUACAAAGACUCACCGGGAGAUUUCCCAAUGGUGCACACAGUUCGGCGCGGAUCACAGCUACGAUGCAGCCGGCAACAACAUCUUCGGAGGAAAGAACUGCCAGGACUUUGCCGUGGAGCUGUGCACCUACAUGGGGAUUGACAAGGAGCAGCUGCCGUUCAGACAGGCUGAGCAGGUCAAGACCGUCCUUGGUGCUGGUGCAUUCGUGGCUGCCGACGCGGCGCUGGGCACCGGGCUUGUUGCAGCUGGAACGGGCCUUGUUGCCGGAGCCCUGGACUUGGGCAUUGGCGUCGCUGGUGCAGCUGCCGGGGCCGCCAUGAGCCCGGGUGUGCUCGCUGCUGCUGCGGCAGUAGGCGUGGGCUACGCUUCAGGUGUCAUCACGCCGGAGUCCAUUCCGACCUUCGGCUUCGAGAGUGAGAAGCCGGUGCAAAGUCCUGAGGCGACCGAGCAAAGCUCGAGUUGA